UCUCACCAUUAUUAUUACUCACAAACCAUUAAUCUCAAUCAGCCUCGUCCAAAUGUGCAUGGCAGUUUUAAUGAGUACAAGACGACUAAAUCUAUUAAACCAGAAUUCCCGUUAAAAUUUUUUGAAAGUGAAGUCAGUAAAUUUAAAAUUUGGCCUAGUGAGAAUACACCCAUAGUAACUAAUCUGUUAUAUCCGAAUGGGAAGAUUAUGAGAAC